AUGGCGCACAUCUGGUUAUCACGCCACAGUGACUGCAGUCGGUUGCAGCACGUUCUUCACGGGAGCGGACCUGCGAAUAAGGUUACCACCAAGGGUGCGCUGGGCGUGGCGCUGGGGUCCGCGAGGUAUGCCACCGCGCGCAAGUGCGACUUGUGCAGCAUCGCUGCCUCGCAGGAGCUCUACGUCGUGAGAGCCUUCGCGCGCCGGCGGGCCGCUGCCGGCGAGCCCCGGCGCCUCCACCCGAGCGUGAUGUACCUCGGGAGGCAGUGCUGCGAGGCGCUGCUGAAGGAGCGGAGCCCCUUCCACUUCAGCGUGCUCCAGCGCUCCGUGCGCUCCCUGCUCCACCAGCGGGAGUGGAGGCUAGAGUUCCAGGCCCUCGUCGACCAGUGCCCCCACGACUACCAGAAGAAGCGCCUGGCGGAGGCCCUGGCGAAGAUCCUCAACGGCCCCGGCCGCGCCGCCAAGGCCCCGAGGCCCCGGAGGGCCGAGGCGCAGAAGCUCCGCAGGCCCCGGCUCGCGCGCGAGGACCCCCGGCCGCUGGUGACCCAGGCCCUCGCGGAGGCGCUCAGGGGGAAAGGCCUCUGCAUCCGGCAGUCCAGCAGCGUGUUCACGGCUGUGGCCCGCGCCGUCGGCGAGAGGCAGGUGGCAGCCUUUGCCCGCAACCUCGAGCAGCACGCGACGUCGCUGCCCGGCGCGCCCCCGCUGUGCGAGGAGGACACCCUGGUGCGGCUGCUCGGCAGCCUCUCCUGUGGCGCCGAGGUCUUCGAGCUGGGCCCGGCGGGCGAGCUGACGGCGCGGGCCGUGCUCGGCGCUGCUGGCAGCGGUGGCCCCCAGCACGGCACGCUGAGCCUGGCCAUGGUUGACAACGUCUUCCACGCCACGAGCAAGCAGCUGAAGAACAAGCACAGGCAGCUGCUCUCGGCACACUUCCCCGACCUCUUUAUCCAACGGCCCCUUCCCGCUCCCUCGCGGAGGAGGCCGCCUCGGGGCGCCGCCGGUGCGGGCGCCGCACAGGGCGAGGAUGGCGAGGACACGGACUCGCCAAUCUGGGUAGACUCGGCCGACGAGCAGGCCGCCAAGCCAGAUGGCUCGGACGUGGCACAGCCGCCCGAGGCCCGGGCCGAGGGCUGGGAUGCCGUUCAGCCGCUGGAGCUCCUCAGCCGGGCGCAGGAGGCGAUGAGCAUCGUGGAGGCCCUCAAAGCGGAGGAGCCCGGCGCGAAGCCGCCGCCGGCGAAGAGGAAGCGCCUCGCCGAGACGUCGCUGGACAAGACGUCGAGCAAGGGCAUCAGAGACUUCCUCAGGCACGCCGAGGCCCUUGAGACGGUGCUGGGGACGAACUUGGCCGAGGCCGCGCCCGCGCCGCCGCCCGCGCCGGUGCCCGCGCCGGUGGCGCCCGCCGCAGGAGUGGAGGGCCCGUGCCCGUGCUGCCUUGAGCCGCUGAAGCCCUCGCCCGGUGCCAGGCGGCGGCACGCCAAGCAGUGCGGCGCUGGCGUGAGGCUGUGCAGCGGCUGCGACGGGCUCUUCGAGCCCGGCGCCCUGGGGGCCCACCAGGCCAGCUGCAAGCACUUUCGCUUCGACAGGGCGCAGUGCGCCGGCUGUGGCAACUGGGUCCACGCCUCGUCUCACCUGGCUGUGUGGUCUGAUUGCUGGGCGAAGGCCUGCGGAGCUGAGCGCUGGCACUGA